AUGGAGAAUAACAGUGAGCAAGCCAUGGGCUUGGCAAAAGGAGGUCACACCAUCCCUCACCAUCAUCAGGGUGAAGAUCUGAUGAUCAUGAAAGUUGAGGGUGAAGUAGAAGAGACGUAUGUGAGGGAUGAUCAGAAAUAUACAGAGGAGGCUGGAAUGACGAGGACAUUCAUAGAGGAGGACACUCCUACAGAGAUCAGCACAGGACCCGCCAUGGAGAAACCCGCAAAGGAUCGUCUCACUUUAUCUCCAGGUUGUAAAAUGGAAGAUGAGGACAUCACAGGAGAUUGUGGAGGAGAAAAGACAAUGAGCUCCACUAUGGAUGGAGGACUUCACAGUGUGGAUAGACCACGGAAUCCCUCUGACUCUGAGCAACCUCGUACAGGUGAAAAGCGACACGCGUGUCCCGAGUGCGGGGAAUCCUUCCUACAUAAAUACCGUCUCGCUGUGCACCAGAGAUCGCACACGGGCAAGAAGAUCUUCUCGUGUCCCGAGUGCGAGAAAUGUUUUCUCAGCAAAUCGGACUUGGUCCUGCAUCGGAGAUCCCACACGGGGGAGAAGCCAUAUUCCUGCUCUAAAUGCGGGAUCUAUUUUUCGCAGAAGUCCAGUCUUUCCGCACAUUUGAGAAGGCACGUCGGCGAGGAGAUGAUCUAUUCCUGUCCUGAGUGCGGAGAAUCUUUUCGGUAUAAGAAAGACCUCGCUGUACAUCAUAGAUCGCACCCGGGUAAGGGGCUCUAUUCCUGCCCCGAGUGCGGGAAAUGUUUCCCUAAGAAAUUCAAACUGAUGAGACAUCAGAAGUGUCACGAGGAGAAGAAGUAUUCCUGUUCUGAGUGCGGGAAAAGUUUUCUACAGAAUUCCCAUCUUACCGAACAUAAGCUGCGCCACACAGGUCAGAGGCUGUAUUCCUGCUCCGAGUGUGGGAAGAGCUUUGUCUGUAAGUCCGAUCUCACUAAACACGAGAGGUCUCACAAAGGCGCAAAGCCAAAGUCCUAUACUUGUGCUGAGUGCGGGAAAUGUUUUUCACAUAAAACCAAUCUCAAUGUGCAUCUGAAAUACCACACGGGUGAAAAGCCGCAUUCCUGCUCCGAGUGCGGGAAAUGUUUCGUAUCUAAACUUAAUCUCGAUGCGCAUCUGAGGUCUCACACGGGGGAGAAACCGUAUAGCUGCCCCGAGUGCGGGAAACGUUAUUCUUGGAAAUCAACACUUGUCAUACAUCAAAAAACUCACGCGGGGGGUGAUGGGGCGUUUUCCUGCUCGGAGUGCGGGAAACGUUAUCAGCUGAAAGCCCAACUUGCAAUACAUCAGAGAACCCACACAGGGGUGAAACCAUAUUCCUGCUCUAAGUGCGGGAAACAUUUUAUGACUCAUUCACAUCUUGCUAGACAUCAGGUAGCUCAUGCCAAGGAGAAGCUGUUUUCCUGCUCCGAGUGCGGGAAAAGUUAUCUAGAUAAAUGUAAUCUCGUCGUGCAUCAGAGGUCACACACGGGGGAGAGGCCGUAUGCUUGCUCUGAGUGCGAGAAACGUUUCUUAUGCAAGUCUCAUCUCACUAAGCAUCAGAGGUCUCACACGGGGGAAAAGCCAUACUCUUGCUCCGAGUGCGGGAAAUGUUUUAGAAAGAAGCCGCAACUCGUCAGACAUGAAGGAUUCCACACGGGGGAGAAGCCAUAUUCUUGCUCUGAGUGCGGUAAAAGCUUUUUGCGCAAGUCUGAUCUCACUAAGCACCAGAGGUCUCACGCGGAGGAAAAGUCGUAUACCUGCUCUGAGUGCGGGAAAUGUUUUGAAAGGAAACCGCAGCUUGUCAGACAUGGGAGGUCCCACGUGGGGGAGAAGCCAGAUCCCUUUUAUUCCUGCCGCGAGUGCGGGGAAUCUUUUUCACGGAAGUAUCGUCUCGCUGUGCACAAGAGGUCGCACACGGGUGAGAAACUUCAUUCCUGUCCGGAGUGCGGGAAAUGUUUUCUUUAUAAAUCAGACCUGGAAACGCAUCAAAGGUCUCACAAGGGGGAGAAGCCGAAUUCCUGUGCUGAGUGAGAGAAAUGCUUUUCGUGGAUGUACAGUCUUUGUAAAAGUCAGAGAUGCCACGUGGGGGAGAAGUUUGGGGUGGAGGAACAUGACUGGCCUGCACCGCAUCCUGACCUCAAUCCAGUCAAGUUCCUCCACCCCAAU